AUGAAAAAUCGGCUGACUGCUUUGAUUAAUCCCAUCGGCUUUGGUGCCAUGGGUCUUAGCAGCUUCUAUGGUGCAGUAGACUCCGAUGAGGAGCGUUUCAAGGCUACACAGUCCAGAUUCUGGAAUGCUGCAUAUGAGAAAGGUUGCAGGCACUGGGAUUCUUCCAACGUUUACGGGGACUCUGAACUUCUCAUUGGGAAAUGGUAUGUAUCACCCCCAAUGGAGGUCGGGGCGAUCCUGAGUACUGUCAAAGAGCAAUGUGCGAAAUCCCUCGAGCGAUUUGGAGUCGACUAUAUCGACCUGUACUAUCAGCACCGACCCGAUCGUAACGUACCGAUUGAAGUUACUAUGGCUGAGCUUGUCAAGUGCAGUUCGCGGGAGGGCAAGGUGAAGUAUCUCGGCUUAUCAGAGUGCAUAGCCAAGGACCUUCGUAGAGCACAUGCCUUUUCUCCCCUCGUUCUCGAUAUCGAAGACCCGAAAUUCGCAAUUUUGCAAACUGCCAGAGAGCUAGGUAUCACCGUCGUCGCGUAUUCUCUGUUGGCCAGGGGCCUUAUCACUGGCCAAUACAAAUCUCCUGACGACUUUGAAGAAGGGGAUUUCCGAAAGACUAUCCCCAAGUAUUCCAAGGAGAACUUCCCCAAGAUUCUCGACCUCGUUGAACAUUUGAAGGUGAUUGCGUCGAAGCAUAACGCGACGCCUGGUCAGGUUACUCUUGCUUGGAUCCUUGCACAAGGCGACGACUUUGUCGUUAUUCCUGGUACAAAGAAGAUCAAGUAUCUGGAAGAGAACCUUGGAGCAGCUAAGGUUCAACUCAGCCAAGGGGAGAUUGCUGCUAUUCGUAAACUCGCCGAGGAAAGUGAUAUUCCUGGAGCAAGGUAUGGAGCAACUGGAAUGGCAGCAGUGAUGCAGGCCACACCCGAGUUACCAAAGUAGCUCUACGACGACGAAGCACAAAGAGGUGACUUGUAUUAUUACAUGUAUCAAUUGGAUGGCAAUCGAGUCUCAAGUUGUUCCCAAAGUACAAGAUGGAAGACCUUGACUGAGAACAUUCUCCUUGCGAGGGAAGAAUUCUGCGGUCUGUGGCUGAAGCGCUCUGUAAC